UCGGUGAUGAAAAUCCCCUCAUUACCAUAGACAUGUCAUAAUUUUGUGGAAAAGAAAAUGAAAUCGUUGGAAUAAUUAUAAUUCUACAGUGCAAAAAUGAAAAACAAUAUCAUCGAUGUCUGCGAAAGGCUGGACAACUUGCUCCUCCAGUCCCUGGAGCUGAUGGAGGAAAAAGUGGUGACGACAAUUCACCUGGAGAAUCAUCUCCGUGAUGGACACCUGGAGAUGGCAAAAGCGAGGUACAUUCAGGGAAAAGAGUCCGUGGGAAUGCUCCAAGUGCCGCAAGACACGACAAUAACGUCCCUCUUCAACCUGGAGACAUCCUACCUGGAGGAGAACGACGAGGCCACCCCCAGGUUCUCAAUAAACCUGAAGGAUAAGGAGGCUAUGAGGGAGAUUCAGGAUCCCCUCAAGUGGUUCGGUGUUCUCGUCCCCCAGAGCUUGAAAACCGCCCAGAAACGCUUCCAGGAGUCUGUCUACCUCUCCGCCAAGAUCAGUGACAUCGGAUCUGACCUUAAUGUCAUCGCCAAAAACGUCGAGACUCUCAAGGAAGUCAAGAAUAAAUUGUUAACGCACCCCGAUAACGAAUAAAAUUAUUUCAAAUUA